GUCGUUGCCGGAGCCGCUGGCGGUAUUGGCCAGCCUCUGUCUCUCCUCCUCAAGGCCAGCCCUCUCGUCGACCACCUCUCUCUCUACGAUGUUGUCAACACCCCUGGUGUCACCGCUGAUCUUUCUCACAUCUCAUCGGUCGCCACUAUUGAUGGUUUCCUCCCCGCUGAUGGAGGCCUCAAGAAGGCCUUGACCGGCGCCGACAUUGUUGUCAUCCCCGCUGGUAUCCCUCGCAAGCCUGGUAUGACCCGUGACGAUCUUUUCAAGAUCAAUGCCGGCAUCGUCAAGGGCCUGAUCGAGGCCAUCGCCGAGACUGCCCCUGAGGCCUUCAUCCUUAUCAUCUCCAACCCCGUCAACAGCACCGUCCCGAUCGCCGCCGAGGUCCUCAAGAAGGCUGGCAAGUUCAACCCAAAGAAGCUUUUCGGUGUCACCACCCUCGAUGUCGUCCGUGCCGAGACUUUCGUCUCUGAGAUCACCGGCCAGAAGGAUGCUGCCAAGACCAUCAUCCCGGUCGUUGGCGGUCACUCUGGCGAGACCAUCGUCCCUCUCUUCUCCCUCGCUAAGCCCUCCGUCUCGAUCCCUGCUGACAAGCUCGAUGCUCUCACUACCCGCGUCCAAUUCGGUGGUGACGAGGUCGUCAAGGCCAAGGACGGCGCCGGUUCUGCCACUCUCUCCAUGGCUUACGCUGGUUUCCGAUUCGCUGAGAAGGUGAUCGCUGCCUUCAAGGGCGAGACUGGCGUUGUUGAGCCCAGCUUCGUCUACCUUCCCGGUGUCGAGGGCGGUGACGAGAUCAAGAAGGCCACCGGCCUCGACUUCUUCUCCGUUCCCAUCGAGCUUGGCAAGGGCGGUGCCGAGAAGGCCGUCAACGUUAUCAAGGACGCCAACGACUACGAGAAGAAGCUGCUCCAGAAGGCCUACGAGGGCCUGAAGGGCAAUAUCGAGAAGGGUGUUGAGUUCGUCGCCAACCCUCCUCAAUAG